UCGUAUUCUCAGCAUCACUCGUUCUAAACCCAGAGCAGCAUCUGCGGAAACCUGUAUCUUCCUGUCUCACGCUCCCUCUGCCUUUCUCUUUCUGUCUCUGCAUCACCCUUAAUCCCUAUCUCACCUUCACUAGCCUGCUCUCUCUCCUCUUCUAAACCUCUGUCUCUCACCCUCACUCCCUGACAUUAUUUCCCUUUCACUGUCUCUAUCUCUAUUACAGUCUGUUCAUCUGUAUCACAUGGUCUCUGCACCAGGGUCUCAUAGAUUUAGGGUGGUCUCUGCAGCAGUCUCAUUCUCUCCCGCCGGGAAAUGUCUCUGAGAGAGGCUGCCUCACAAUAGGAGUUGUGUCAGCAGUAGUCUCACACACACCUGGAGCUGUCUCUCUCGGCAGCUUGAGGUUUUUGUGCAGACAUUUUCUACAUCUGGAGCUGUCUCUGCAGAGGUCUGUCUCAAACGUCUGGAGUUAUACGGGAUUUUCACAAUUCUCGAGUUAAUGGGAUAGACUGUAACUUCUCCAACAUCUACAUUCAUGGAAUUCACUGAGAUUCAAGAGGCAUCACAGCCCUUCGUGACCACUGUCCUUUGACCACAGGGUGUGACUGUGACCUCUACAUUCGCCCAAUGCCUACCUUCCAUCUUUGCCCACUCCUUUCACUUCUUCUCUGGGGCUGUCCCCUCACUAUCCGUGUGGUUGGGGAGAUGGUUCCUGGGCUUGGCAGGAAUGCUGGAUCCCCAGCAAGCCAUCCUCAGGGUCCUGGGCCUCCACUCAGGUCCAAACGUAGUUGGGUGUGGAACCAAUUUUUUGUGAUAGAGGAGUAUGCUGGCCCAGAACCUGUUCUAAUAGGAAGGCUGCACACAGAUGUGGAUCGAGGGGAGGGACGAGCCAAGUACCUGUUGACUGGAGAAGGAGCUGGCUCUGUGUUUGUCAUUGAUGAUAAGACUGGAAAUAUCCAUGUAACUAAGUCUCUGGACCGAGAAGAGAAAGCAGAGUACAUUUUACUGGCACAGGCUGUGGACAAAUUGACUCUUCGACCUCUUGAACCUCCCUCACAAUUUAUCAUCAAAGUGCAAGACAUAAAUGACAACCCUCCUGUCUUUCUACACCCUCCCUACAAAGCCACUGUGCCAGAGAUGUCCAACGUAGGAACCUCUGUGAUCCAGGUGACCGCCAGUGAUGCUGAUGAUCCUACAUAUGGGAACAGUGCUCGACUGGUGUAUACUGUCCUGGAGGGGCAGCCAUACUUCUCUGUGGACCCUCAAACAGGUGUGAUCCGUACUGCAAUUCCAAAUAUGGAUCGUGAAACCCAAGAUGAGUUUCUGGUUGUCAUCCAGGCCAAGGAUAUGGGAGGUCAUGUAGGAGGGCUUUCAGGUUCCACCACAGUGACGGUAACAUUGACUGAUGUCAAUGACAACCCACCAAAGUUCCCACAGAAUUUGUACCAGUUCACUGUAAUGGAGGAUACUACUCCAGGCUCUCUAAUUGGCCGCCUUAGAGCGCAUGACCCAGACAUUGGUGAGAAUUCAAUGAUGUCAUACAGUAUCCUGGAUGGUGAUGCUGGGGACACAUUCACUGUCAUAUCAGACUCUGCUGGGCAGGACGGCAUUCUGAAGGUUCAGAAGCCUCUGGAUUAUGAGUCACGUCGUUCCUAUACAUUCCGGGUGGAAGUGAUGAACACAGCCAUAGACCCACAAUAUAUUCGCCAAGGUCCAUUUAAGGAUGUAACAACAGUGAGGGUGACAGUUGGAGAUGUGAACGAGCCCCCUGUUUUUUCCCAUAAUCAUUACACCUUGAGCGUGCUGGAGAAUAUGCCCCGUGGGGCACUUGUGGGAGUUGUGCAGGCUCGAGAUCCAGAUGUACGCAGCAGUUCAAUCAGUUAUUCUAUUGACCCUGAUUCAGACCCUGAGGUGCUCUUCUCUAUUCAUCCCGAAGACGGGACUGUCCGGACAAGCAGAUCCUUGGAUCGGGAGGUCCAGGAAGAGUACAACAUCAUCAUUAGGGCCAGUGAGACUGACAGCCCUUCAAAGUUGUCACAUGCUGGAGUUGUAAUUCAGGUGCUAGAUGUUAAUGACAACCCACCAACUCUGGCUGAGUUGUACAAACCACACGUGUGUGACAAUGCACAGCCUGGACAGGUUAUCCAGACAGUGAGAGUAAAAGAUGCAGACAGUGAGAGUGGCCUGUUCUCUUUUCAAAGCCCUGGAACUCUCUCUGAUGCAAACUUCACAGUUCAAGAUAACAAAGAUGGAAGUGCAUCUCUCCUGGUAAGACACAGUGGUUUCUGGAAGUCUCAGAAAGAUAUCUUCCUGGUGCCAAUAGAGAUUAAGGAUGGUGGAGAUCCACCUCUCACCAGCACCGACACACUAACAGUCUCUCUGUGCCACUGUGAGACAAGCGGGGCCGUCCUGACCUGCCAUAUGACCACAGGAUCAGCAGCUGGACUCAGUACUCCUGCUCUCCUGGCCAUCUUAGCAUGUGCACUUAGCCUACUGGCCUUGGUGUCCCUGUUCUCUUUGCAGCGUAGACAUAAGCCUUCACCUCUGUCUCUUUGUGAAGAUGAGGAUGUGAGAGAGAAUAUUAUUACAUAUGAUGAUGAAGGCGGUGGAGAACAAGAUACUCAGGCAUUUGACAUGUCUGCUUUGCAGCCUCCACAGACUGGUCUUUCAGGGGGCUUCUUCCAUCCUCCUCGAAUGGACGUUCUUCCCCGGGUUCCACAUCACCCUGUACCACACUCCCCCAAACCUGCCCCGGUUGAUGUGCAGAGGUUUCUUGCACUUCGCCUUCGAGAGGCAGAGAAAGAUCCCACUGCACCUCCCUAUGAUUCCAUACAAGUAUAUGGAUUCGAAGGAGGUGGCUCUUCUGCUGGGUCUCUCAGUUCACUGACCAGUAGUUCUGGCUGUACAGUGGAAGAAGAACCAGGGGGAGAGGACAUUUGGGAGUGGGGUCCCCACUUCAGGACACUGGCAGAAAUUUAUGGAGUUAGGAAUACUUCUGAAGAGACUGAAAAUUAAAUUCCUCUGUUGGAGGAAUGAGUGUUUUAAUGAUCUCAUCACUGUCAGAAAUAUGUAGAGAGAGCACUGUCCAAGUCCUUCUCUUCCAGAAAAUUCAAAAAAGCUGUGAUUCAUCUUGUUUUCAUAUCAACCAGAGAAAGGCCUGCAAGAUAACUUGUUAAAAGUUCCUACGGAUGUUGUGCUGUUACGAGUUAUAAUAAAUUCUUACAGUCUUCCCACCGCUCACUGCGGGUGUCUAAGACACAAUCGAGAUAUUGUCGUUUAUGGAGAGCAAACAUUUUAUUUUCUAAAUAAAAA